AUGAGUUUCAACCACCGGACGCGCCGCCUGCUCCCCGACGUCCGACCGGGCAGCACGCCUUCGCCUCCCGGGCCAGACUCCGGCGACCGUAGCCGAGACGACGGCCGGACGGCGAACUUCGACACGAACAUGGUGAUAAUCCUGGCGGCCCUGCUCUGCGCUCUCAUCUGCGCGCUCGGGAUAAACUCCAUCGUCAGGUGCGUCCUCCGUUGCGCCGGCGCCGCCAGCCCCGCCGCCUCCGGCGACCCGCCGCCGCGGUUCGGCCGGAGGGGACUGAGGAAGAGCCUGCUCCGCCAGAUACCGGUGGAGGUGUACGCCGCCGUUGACGUCCAUGGGGCGGCGGCGGCGGCCUUCACCGAGUGCCCGAUAUGCCUGGGCGAGUUUACCGACGGGGAGAAGAUUAGGGUUCUGCCGGGCUGCCGCCACUGCUUCCACGUCAACUGUGUGGACGUGUGGCUGGCUUCGCACACGUCCUGCCCCACGUGCCGCCGGUCGGUGGCGGAGGAACAGGGGGACUCCGGCGGCGGCGGGGAGGAGGCGGGCGGCGGAGGGAGGCCAACGGGGAAUGGCUCGGGCGGGCAUGGUGACAGUUAA